AAUAGCAUACAACUUGCUUGAAUAUUGUUUUCUUUACAGGUAGGCAUAACUAUUGCAGCUCGCAAAUAUGAUUUUACUUCUGCAGCACCUUUCCAAACGUCCGACAUCAUGAAUCUCCAACCUGUAGUGAAACAUUCAGUUCCCUUAUGUUCAGAAGCCAAGGAUCUUCUGGAAACGGGUAAAGUCCAAUUGGCUGAGGGAAUGCUUAGUGAAGCCUACACAUUAUUUUCUGAGGCAUUUUCAAUACUUCAGCAGGUUACUGGACCAAUGCAUUGGGAAGUUGCAAAUUGCUGUCGGUAUCUUGCCAUGGUUUUGUAUCAUGCAGGAGACAUGGCUGGUGCGAUAAUGCAACAGCACAAGGAACUGAUAAUAAAUGAACGGUGCCUAGGUUUGGACCACCUUGACACUGCUCAUAGGCAUGCUCUUCUAUUCUUUUCUUUUGUUUAAUGC